AUGAAAGAUGCCUUGACAGGCCAUCACAAUGAUUCUGGAAAUAAGGGGUCUUCUCAUCCCCAAGACUCAUCGCAGGCGAAUAUGAUGGAUGAAUCUCGAGACAACUACAAUGCGGGUGAUAACUGGGUCAACUCCAACACCAAAGAUUAUGGACCUGGCAACUACUCUGACAAGCCUGGUGCUGGUGACUACAGUAGUGGUGCCUAUCAGGACACCAGAGGACCUGGCCGGAUGGAAGCUGGCGGUGGAAACGAGUACAACAUGAACCCAUCCGGCAUGGGAAAUGAUAAGUACGGCCCCAGCGGCCAAGGCAUGGGUGGCCAGGGUAUGGGUGAUCAACGCAUGGGUGAUCAACGCCAAUCACAAAUGGCCAGCAAAAUGAACGAUGCUGGCGAUACCAGGUAUCCUGCUCCAAACAUGGGUACUGAUACCGACGCUUACGGCUCCGGCAAUAACUUUGCCAACAAGAGCAACGACCUCGAUACAUAUGGCUCUAAGGAUAUGAACUCUCAGGCUGCACCCUAUCACGAUGUUACAGAGGACAAAAACACCUUUGAUUCUUCCAACAUGGACUCCGAUCGAUAUGGGUCCAAGGGUAGUUCUGAUAUGUAUGGUGCUGAUGCCAACACCAACCCGUAUGGGUCAGGCACUGAAAAACAUGGCUCAAGCAACAUGAACGCCGGAACGCGCGAAUCUCAGGGAGCCAGCAAGAUGGACAAUGAAUUUGGUAAGAUGACCUAUGCCGUACUCAUACUUCAGUAUUAA